CAACAGUCAAUAUAGAACCGGUAAUGCUCUGUUAUCCAGGUCUGCUUCACGGCCUAUCGUGAUUGGGAUUGGUAGAUCAUGAGCCCUCAACGGUCGGAGCCCAUUGGGCGCCAUCCUAUCCUUGCUCCACGUCCGCUUGCUCCCAGGGCCCCGCGUUCAGGAUCCACCGCUACAUCCAAUGCAGGCCCGGAUAACACUCAAAGGAUAGGGGAGAAUGAGGUUGCUGGAACAUCUGCUGCGCGACGAACAAAGCGGACGCGCGUGGCAUGUCGUCGAUGUCGGCGGUCCAAGGUUGUUCAACUACCCACUAAACCACACUCAACGAGCUUAGUGUGCGCACCUCGCCGCAUGUGAAUAUUGGGACUGACUUCCUGAUGCAUACAUGUAGUUGCGAUGCGAGGCCUCCUCCGAGAGUAGUCAACCAUGUCAGCGUUGCGCCGACUUAGCUCAGCCCUGUGUGUUUGACGAGAGAUUCCAGCGUACCAGCAAAAUGACACGUGCUACCGAUCAGUUUGAUGUCCUCAAAACAUUUGGCGAUAUGCCCGCGAGAAACUCUGAUCCUCCAUCUGCCGCGCCGACGGCAUCCGCGUCAUCACCGCCAAUAUGCGCAUCGACGAUUCCUGAACCAAUUGAGGCCCAAAGAUUGUCGGAGAGCAAUCAGAGCAAUCAUAGCGCAGACUUGAGCUCUUCACGAUAUCUCUUUGAACCCAAAUUCGCCAAUGGAGGCAUGUCUAUAUCACAAAGAGCCUCCGUGACGCGGCAAAUUGAGUCAGUCGCGCUAAGUCCCAAUCAAAUUGACUUGUAUUUUAACAUUUACUACACUUACUACCACACUGGCUUGCCCAUGCUUCCGCCUUCCGUAUCGCCGGACGUCGUCUACAAGGCUUCACCCGUGCUCUUCUGGACCAUAGUUGUAACCGCCGCUCGACACGACUGCACUGACUUCUCUCUUCUACCUGCCCUCAUGCCGGCCGUUAAGAGGCUGCUUUGGACGACUAUAGCGUCCCCUCCUCACACGCUGCCAUCCCUACAGGCCAUGAUCUUGCUUUGUCUUUGGACGUUUCCCGUCUCUACCAUGCCGGAAGACAUCACCUACAUCCUGGCAGGUUUGCUAAAGUCUGGGGCCAUACAUGUCGGGCUCCACAGGCCAGAGAUUCUUGAGCUGUACUCUCGGAACCGGGCUCCGCUCGGUAAGGCAGAGCUAUUCCAGGCUGUCAGAGCUUGGUGUUGCAUUUACUUAGCCGUCGAAGGUGCAUCAUUGGGUAAUGGCCACCUUCCUGUUCUUCCGCACGACCGCACCAUACAGAAGGUCGCUUCCGAAGCGAAUCCGUACGAGCUGCCUGAGCCAUUGUAUAUUGGAAUUCUCACGCAGCGCUUUUUGAACAAGGUCCACAUGGCUUUUGGCAGUCUGGAAGACUCUUAUAAAGUCUCAAUGCUUAGUCUCUUUGAGCCGGACCUCCAAGAGUUGGAGGUCAAGAUGGCUGCAUACCAAUCUCAUCGAUCCUCCAUUUACUACUCCGCGGUCAACUUCCAGUUGAAGGCAUACGCGAUCUUUGACGAUGAGGAUUCCGAUACGCGUAGAUUGGCUGUUCUGCGAGCCUUCACCGCGGCUUUAGGCUACAUCGAUGCCCUCCGACGAGGAGAUGAAGCCGACGUCCCGAUGCGGUAUCUGCCCUUCCCACUCUUGAGGAUGUGCUUUACCGCCGCCGUCUUUAUCUCCAAGGUUCUGCACUCCAGUUAUGGCCAGUUUGUCAAUCAGGAUCUCGCAAAAGCAGCAUUUGCCACCUGUAUAUCCGUACACAAGCAGUGCUCGGUCGAGGACAACGACAUGGACGGUCGAGUCACCACUGUCCUUCCACAGCUGUGGGGAAUACAUAAGGACAUCUUCGAGGCUUCCCCAACCUUACCGCCGCGCCUAUCGUUGCGAUCGCGUUCGUUCUUGAGUAUUGCACAUGACGGGCUAUGGCAGUGGAGGGCUGUGUAUGCAGGCAAACCAAGCAAUGGGGCGCCUAGUAUUCCGCCACCCCUAAUCUCACCUGUCUCCAUGGGAUUGCUGAGCCCAACUACAGCUGUAGAUCCUUCCGAGCGAUCUCUUUCUACGAAUUCGGUCUCUUUGAGCCACGCCAGCCACAUUGUACUACCAACAGAACCUGUAAAUAUUUCUGGGCAAAGACAAAAUUCCAACAGGAACGACGACGACCAGCAGCAGCAGUAUCUACAGGAACCAACUCCGUCCGGAUUCACCGUCAGUGAUAAUGCCGCUCACGAAUCAUGGACGUCUACAUGCGACGCGAAUGAUACUCUUACCAGUAUGGGCCUAGUUGAUCAAUAUGCUAUGCCACUCGAUUUACUAUUCUCAAGCCAUGCUAUGGAGCCAGGCUCUUCUCGAGAUGCAAACUUUGCUGAAUUAUUGAUGAUUGGACAAGAAAUGACCACGUCAUGAAUCCCUAUAAUUGCGCAUGACGGUUAAAUAGCCAUGGUAUGCGAAUAGGCGACGACUUCGACACCUUUGACUCAACCACCCGGGAUUUGUAAGCUAAACUCAGCGACAGGCCAUGACCUUAGCUUGAAUGGGUAAUUUUGAGAUACUGUUAUCAAUCGGUUGCAUUAUAGUGGGAAGGGGGAAUAAAAAGUAUAAAAGAUUUAGAAAAAUAACUCGGGUUGACGCAAAAAGGGGAAUGCAUGUACAAACAGCGUAACCAUUAAUGAAACGGGCGUAAUGAAACUAUCGCUAAUUUGGCCUCGAUCAGGCGCCACG